GCCCAUUUAAACUGUUUACAUCAGCCGUGCACGUGUUGAAAUGUCAGAAUAUAUUUAAAUGAUUACCAAGUUUCCACUAACAGUGUAUAAGCCUAUCGUUUUAUCUUAUCUGGUAUUUUUCUGGUUGAAUUAUUUACCGACCAUAACAGCUGAAGUAUUAUAUACACCAUUUAAUUUGGCCGCAACAGUUUAUCCGGUAUCACUGAAACUUUUAGAUACUUGUUCUGUCAGUGACAUGUCAACACCAAGCACAUACAAUGACGUAACAGUGCAUGCAGCUCAUAUUGAGGAAGUUCACAAUGUACCAUUAAAUGUUAUCAUCCGGCCAAUACCCUCCAUCUUAGAAGAGGAGAAGGUUGACUCUCUUAUGUUAACAAUACAGGAGAAUGAAGAGAAAGUUCCACCAAUCGACGUUCUUUGGAUAGAGGGAAGAAACGGAGAAAAUUAUUUUUAUUCUUUUGGAGGGUGCCAUAGAUUUGAGGCAUACAAGAGACUUCAGAAACAAACAAUUCAUUGUAAGUUGUUCAGGUCAACUAUAACUGACCUUCGAACAUAUCUCGGAGGAUCUACUCCCGAUCUGUUAUAGUAAUUGGGACGUAUUUUGGAUGAUCUUCUCCACUGAAAUCUCUCAUAUUAUGAGUAACUUAUUAUUUAUUUCAGUUGGAUGUAUUUUGAUCUGUGAUAUUCAAUGUAUUAAAUAAUAUUUAUGUAUGUUUUUAUAACAUUUGUUUGUUAUCUAUGUUUGUUAGGGAACCAUACGUUCAAGGGGCAUUAUUGUUAUAAUAACAAUUUAUAUACACGAAACUUGAAUGGAAUUGAAAUUGACAUUACAUUUGUAAAUGCUACUAUUACAAAGACCGGCGCGAGUUAAGACAAACCGUCAAUGAAUCAAUUUAAUGGACAAUAAAAUUACCAGCCAUCAACAUCAUUUAGCCUUUUCAAUAGUCAUCUGGCGCGAAAAGGACGAUAACUCAAUUUUAUAAUUUAAUAUUUUUGGAGACGGUCAAUUUCCGGAAUUCCAUGCUUGAUCAUCAUGAUUUUUUCGUUGGUCGUUGACGACAUAACUAUUGCUGUAUUCUUUGUCAAUAAGGUAUAUUUAACAAGGCAGAAUUAUCAAUGUAUUACCGUGGUAUCAAUAUAUGUUAGAAAUGUUAGAUACCUGAAUUAUUUGUAAUUUUGUAAAAUAUCACUUAUCGGCAUCUCCGGGCGGCAAACCAGAUUAAUUUCCUGAUGAUCUUUACUACAGAAUUCUGAUUGUUAUUAGUUGCUACAUAUUACCGUUUUUUGUAAAUCGAUGUUUGUUUACAUUAUCAACAAAUGUGAGUAACUCUCUAGUGAUAUAAAUUGUUCCAAACCAUUAUUUGUUUCUGGUACAUGACACUAUUCAGUACAUAUUUGUUAAAUUGAAUAGAUAUUACUGUUUUGAAUUCAUUUUUUAAAGAGAUUUAUUUAUGUUCUAAAAUUAAA